GUGAGCUCACUGCGCUGCCGGAAGUCUCGCGAGAACUCUGUGCGCACCGAUCUCCGCUGUUGCUGCCGCCGCCGCCGCCGUCGCUGCCGCUGAUGCUGCUAAUGCUGUGUUUUUGAUUGACAGGAAACAUGUCGGUGUGGAGGGAGAGCGCCGGGAUGCAGCCGCGGACACAGGCGAUGGGGAGCACCUGCACCCACUGCACACAGCGCCUCUAAAUAACAUUCAGCUGCCGCUUCGACUUAUUUAUUUCAUUGUGCAGUGAUCAUGUGUUAAAUAUCUAUAAUGUAAUAUUAUACAUACAUAUAUUAUAUAUGUAUACAUAUAUAUUUCUUCGUUUUUAUUGCGAAGCACUCAAUGGAUCCAGAAAAAUCGAGCGCUCUGCUCAAAUUGCUUUUCUUUCGAAUUUGUGCAUAUUGAUGUUGGCUCAGUUUUCAGCUUCAGCACCACUAACCAAGUACCCUGAUGAAAACACUCCGUCAGAGGGGGAUACAGAAGGGAAUGGUUACAAUGGAGUCGCCUUCAAAACAGAGUUGCCUUUUAAACACAUUUUAAUAAUUGAUAAAUCCAGUCUUUGCACCGACCAGCUCGUUUCUGUUUAAUCAUCUCGUGGUGGUGUUUGUGGGAAUCAAAUAAGUAAUAAUUUGCUAAUUAGAUUAAAGAGUGGCGAAAUAGGAAGGAGCACUGGUCGCAAACUAUGGACGAGGAGAAUAUGACAAAAAGCGAGGAGCAGCAUCUGAGUUUGCAGAAAGCCUUGCAGCAGUGCGAGCUCGUGCAAAACAUGAUAGACAUCAGCAUCUCCAGCCUGGAAGGUCUCAGGACCAAAUGUGCCACAUCUAACGACUUGACACAAAAGGAAAUACGAACGCUGGAGGGUAAACUUGUGAAGUAUUUCAGCCGCCAGCUCUCCUGCAAGCGCAAGGUGGGGGUGCUGGAGCACAACACCGAACUUGAAGGCUUCCCGCGCCUCGAACACUGGUUCCGAAUCGUCGGCAUGAGGAAAGAGGUGAUCGAGGAGAUCGAACCAGGUCAGCUGACCCUGGAGGGGCUGCUAGAGAUGAGUGAUGAGCAGGUUUGUGAGACAAUGCAGAAACUGGGUGCCAAUGCGGAGGAGAGCGCUCGCCUCAACGCCUCUCUGUGCUGCCUGCGGAGCGUCCACCAAUCAGAACAACUUGAAGACGACAAGUUGCACGAUAAUGGAGAAAGCAGCCAGGCCAAGCAGGACUGGGCGAUCCAGUGGCCUGCCUCGGAGUCAGGGAAGGACAACACUCCUGUGUGUCAGCCAGAGCCCAGCCAGUGGAUCCGCUUCCAGCUCACCCAGAGCCCCAAGGUCCAGUCCAAAUACAACCAGCCCACGUGCCACAGCCCCCAGGUCCUCACGCCCUGCUAUGGUCACACGGACCGGCUCACGGUGGAAGGCCAUGUGGGAUUCUUCUCCACCACAGACGCUGGCCACCGCUCCCUGCCCCCUUCUCCCCGCCAAAGGCACUUCGCCCACACGCCUCCCAGGACACCGCUAGUGGUCCAAACCAUGACGCCACCUGCCACCCCUCCGGCCCGUCGACGAAACAAGGGCAAGACUCCCGGCACACCCCCACCCUCGUCCCGCAAGCUCAUCCACCUGCUGCCCGGCUUCACAGCCCUGCACCGCAGCAAGUCCCACGAGUUCCAGCUGGGCAACCGCAUCGACGAUGCCCAGACACCCAAAGCAAAGAAGAAGAACAAGCCUUUGAAUCUCAAGAUCCAGAGCAGCGUGGGGAGCUGUGAGAGCAUCCCUUCCCAACGCUCGCCACUCCACACCGAGCGUACCCUGCGUUCCUUCUUCUUUCCCUCCUUCCUUCCCUCCACGCCCCCUGUCCACAGCGAUGCUGCUUUCUCUGCAAACACGCUCUCAGUGCCUCGAUGGUCCCCUCAGAUUCCCCGUCGAGAUCUGGGAAAUUCAAUAAAACACAGAUUUUCAACAAAAUAUUGGAUGUCUCAGACAUGCACGGUGUGUGGAAAAGGAAUGUUGUUCGGACUAAAAUGUAAAAACUGCAAGUUGAAGUGCCACAACAAAUGUACCAAAGAAGCACCACCUUGCCAUUUACUAAUCAUCCACCGUGGAGAUCACCAAGGAACGACCCAAGCUCGCCUGGUCAGGACCGAGUCUGUACCAUGUGAUAUCAACAACCCGCUCAGGUACACGGAUUUGCAUAUCAGCCAAACGCUCCCUAAAACCAACAAGAUCAACAAGGACCACAUUCCUGUUCCAUACCAGCCAGAUUCCAGCAGUAAUCCUUCAUCCACAACCUCUUCCACACCUUCAUCUCCAGCCCCUCCUCUUCCUCCAAGCGCUACUCCCCCCUCCCCCCUACACCCAUCCCCCCAGUGCACAAGGCAGCAGAAACAGUUCAACUUGACUGCCCCUCAUUACUUCAAAUAUAAGCAGCAGUUCAUCUUUCCGGAUGUCACACUGGAGGCACCAUGCAGAGCCCCUCAAGUCAUCCUGCACCCUGUCCUCUCCGAACCAGGCAAUGAAGGAAAUCCCCUUCUACAAAUUGAAGUUGAACCUACAUCCGAGAACGACGAGGCCGAAGACUCGCAGGACGAGUUCGAAGAGAUGAACUUAUCGCUCCUGUCAGCACGCAACUUCCCACGUAAGGCCAGCCAGACCAGCAUCUUCCUGCAGGAGUGGGACAUCCCAUUUGAGCAGCUGGAGGUGGGCGAACUCAUCGGCAAAGGCCGCUUUGGCCAGGUAUAUCACGGCCGCUGGCAUGGAGAGGUGGCCAUCCGCAUCAUUGAUAUUGAGCGCGACAAUGAGGAACAGCUCAAGGCAUUCAAGAGGGAGGUGAUGGCCUACCGCAACACAAGGCAUGAAAAUGUGGUUCUCUUCAUGGGUGCCUGCAUGAGUCCCCCACACCUGGCCAUCAUCACCAGCUUAUGUAAAGGAAGGACCCUUUACUCGGUGGUCCGGGACGCUAAAGUCGUUCUUGAUGUCAAUAAAACCAGACAAAUUGCACAGGAGAUGGUGAAGGGGAUGGGUUAUCUCCACGCGAAAGGUAUUCUCCACAAGGACAUGAAAUCAAAAAACGUCUUCUACGACAAUGGCAAGGUGGUCAUCACUGACUUUGGUCUCUUCACGAUAUCCGGUGUUCUGCAGGCUGGCAGCAGGAGAGAGGACAAGCUGCGGAUCCCCAAUGGGUGGUUGUGUCACCUGGCUCCCGAAAUCGUGCGCCAGCUUUCCCCCGACACCGAGGAAGACAAGCUGCCCUUUUCCAAGCAGUCCGAUGUCUAUGCUUUUGGCACUAUAUGGUAUGAGUUACACGCACGCGAGUGGCCUUAUAAGAACCAAUCACCAGAGGCGAUCAUAUGGCAGGUGGGCAGUGGCAUGAAGCCGAACCUCAGCCAGAUUGGCAUGGGAAAGGAGAUAUCGGACAUUCUGCUUUUUUGCUGGGCUUUUGAGCAGGAGGAGAGGCCUAGUUUCUCAAAGCUUGUGGAGCUGCUGGAAAAAUUGCCAAAACGGAACCGUCGCCUUUCACACCCAGGACACUUCUGGAAGUCAGCUGAGUAUGUCAAAUGAGUUGAGAACAAAAACAAAACAAAACAAAACAAAACAAAACAAAACAAACAUCCCCCGCCUUUGAGUGCACUGAGAAAAAAGCCAGCCAUAGCUAAAACUGCCUAGAUUGUGUCCACUGAUGAAUUGUCUGUGUGUGCUAAUGUUUAAUCAGUCAAUAGUCCCAAAGGACUAUAUAGCAGCCCCUGAAUUCAUGUUUUUGUCACGUUUGGGACAUUUUUUUCUUUAUUUAAACUGACCAGUUU